AUGGGGGCCCCGGGGCUCCUUGUGACCGGCGCCUCCUUCGCCGCCUUCCGGGGCAUGCACUGGGGGCUGCGGCGGCUGCCCGCGCCGGGGGCCACGGCUCAGGACCGCUGGAAGUGGCGGAACAUCGCUGUCUCCCUGGUGCACAGCCUGAUCACCGGGUUCGGGGCGCUGCUCGGGCUGUUGCUACACCCUCAGUUGGCCACCGACCCCAUUCACACCCACCCGCCCUGGACCUUGCUGCUGGUGGCUGUCUCUGUGGGUUAUUUCCUGGCCGAUGGACUUGACAUGCUGAAGAACCAGACCCUGGGCCAGGCCUGGGAGCUUCUCUGUCACCAUUUGGCGGUAGUGAGCUGCCUCGGCACUGCCGUCCUGUUCGGCCACUAUGUGGGCUUCUCUCUGGUGUCUCUGCUCCUAGAGCUGAACUCCGCCUGCCUGCACCUGAGAAAGCUGCUGCUGCUUUCUCACCAGGCCCCCUCCUUGGCCUUCAGUAUGGCCAGCUGGGCCACCCUGGCCACCCUGGUCCUCUUCCGCCUGGCACCGCUGCUGUGGAUGAGUCUGUGGCUGAUCCGGCACUACCGCCAGGUGCCUCCUGCUCUGCUUGUUCUCGGUGGCACCGGGCUGGCCAUCGUGGGAGCCUUGAGCAUCAAACAGGGGGUCCUAAUCUUCAUCAGUGACGUCCUGCGGUCUCAGUCUCAUUCAUCCAGCCGUGGGCACAGGGAAGCGAGGGUCGCCAGGACAUAUGAUGGUGAGCCUGCCCCCAAGGAGGAUUCCCCUCUCGGCCUGAAAGACUAG